GGAUAUUCCAUAUAUGUUUCAAAAUCACCAGAAAUUAAAAGUGGUGCAUUGUGUUUCAAACAUAACGAAUCAAACCCGACCCAAUUAACUGCAAAGCAUGUCUGUGUUUCUGUUGGACGUUAUAUCCAAUUUCUGAAUGAAAAGAGAACUAUCACUGAAUUGUGCAGUUUCAUUGUUCUAGGUUGUAACAAAGGCUACUACGGUGUUGAUUGCAAUUAUCCAUGUCCUCAGCAUUGCAAAAAUGACCAGUGUUUGGUUACAAACGGAAUAUGUUAUGGAUGUGCAGAUGGCUGGACUGGUUCUAAGUGUAGACAAGCAUGCUCAGCUGGAAGGUUUGGUCCUGAUUGUCAUUUGUUCUGCUCUGGACAUUGUAAAUAUAAUUCUACUUGUCAUCCCACUGAUGGUAUCUGCUAUAACGGCUGUACUGACGGAUGGAUGGGCGAGUUUUGCAAUAAAAGCUGUGCCUCUGGUACAUUUGGACCGGAUUGUAAAUACAACUGUAGUAGACAUUGUCUUAAUGAUUCGGUCUGUAACAGUAUAACAGGAAAAUGUGACAAAGGAUGUAAACCUGGAUAUAUGGGAGAACAAUGCAAUAAUGUGUGUACCAUGGACUCAUAUGGAACAGACUGCAUGUUUUCUUGUAGCCAAAACUGCCUUAACAAGGAACCUUGUGACCACGUGACUGGAGUUUGUAAAAAUGGUUGUUCAGAGGGUUAUAAAGGAGAGCUAUGUAAUUCAAUUUGUGGAAAUGGUUAUUUCGGGGAAAAUUGUUCUAAUGUUUGCUCUGAGAACUGUUCUGAUAUAUGCCAUCAUAUUGACGGGAUGUGUAAUUGCAAGGCUGGAAUGGAAAAUUCUCCAGAAUGCAAACAAGUUUCAUUAUUGACUACGGCCAGAGAAUGUGAUGAUCACUGUGUUUAUGCUAUUGGAAUUUCUAUGUUAGUCAUACUUAAUGUUUUGACCUGUACAUUAUGGAUUCGUGGAAGAAGAAGGCAGGUGAAAGUGAAAAGACAGUCCUCCUCUCAUUAUAUAACUACUGAAGCAGAAAUGAAAGUAAAGACUUCUGAAUCACAUGAAUAUCAGGAAGUGCACUCUGUAUCACGUGAUUUUUCGUACCAAAAUCUCUCAUUUGAUACAUAAGAGAUUUGAAAAUACAGGGUUCG